AAUGAAAAAUUUAAUGGUAGGUACGUAGAUUUCUGAUGGUUUUCAUGUUGAAUUUGGUGGGAAGCCAGAUUAAUUGUUGGCAUCACCGAAAAAGAGCUAUGAAUGGAUUAAAAGAAAAAUGGCGUCUAUUUACGUUUUAGUGCGAAGUUAAAAUGGCACUGAUACAGCUUGUGGCUUGUUUUUUUUCGAAAAUCGUGAAAGUUUCCGUGUAAUCAUGGUGAGCACUUUUAAUGUAAGUGGUUUUAAGCGAGAAUCCUCUCCAGUUUGUGGAAUAUCCUUCCAUAUGUCAGAUUCAUUGAUAAAUUUUUACUAGUGUGAGCAUAUAUUUUUAAACUGUGAGAUAUUUUUUCUCAUUAUAAUAUUUCAUACCAUUUGUCUUGUAAAUUGUACUUAAUCUAUGUCAUAUACUAAAUUUGAAAAAACAAUCGUGAAAACUAUAAUUUUGCAAUGUAUUUUUCAUAUUAUAAGAGCCAUCACGUGGUAUUUUUUGAACUUUUUUUAUUGUAUUGAAUAGCGUCGCACGCAAGCAUGUAUAUCAUUUGCCUGACGUUAAGCGAACGAGGAGGAUCUUCUAGUAAAUAUGACGUUGGAAUUUCUGGAAGAUGUCCUAUAUAAAGGUCCAACAAGAAGAAUCAAGUACUCAAACGCAAGAAAUAAAAAAUACCUCGAGAAAAGCAAAAUUACGACAAGAUGAUAAGGUAUUGAAACAAAAACUUAAAAGUCGCGAAAUAGUGAUUGUAAAUAUAAAGUCGAUUUUAGAUUUAUUAAAGAAAAAUGGCGAUUUUUAAUUGAAUUGAAAUUUAAAUUGCGACAUUUUAAUGAUACUCAUGGUCCACUUAGAUAUUGAUUAAAAUAAAUUAUGUAUUUCAUUGAAAAAAAUGAAUUCACUUAAAAUAGAGGAAAUGUUAUAUUAAAAGACUACAGAAAAUUAACUGAACUUAAUAAUAAUAAUAUAACCAAUAUUUUGUAAAUAGAGAUCAAGUACUAUGUGUAUUGUGUUAUGUGUAUUGACUUGUCAUUUAAGAGUUAUUUAAUUGUCUACAUAUAACAAAUAAAUGAAUUUCAGUUCAUUUCAAUUUAUUACCCAUUGUGUUUUAUUUCCUAAAAUGUAACUAGUAGACUUAAUAUACACGUGUCAUGAAAAUAGCACAGAAGUAAAAAUAGAAGCAAUUUUAAAUCAAUUUAAGAUGUGAAUGUAGGAAAAGACCACCCGAUACGCGCAGACCAUGUGUGUUGCAGUGUCUCACUCAGUGUGUCAAAUAUUAAUUUGCACGGCCCACUUAGCCAGUACAUUAAAGUAGGAAUUGCGUAAUUAAGUUCAACAUAAUAUUUAAGUCGCGGUUGAGUAUUCGGACGUUAAACAUGAGUUUGAGGAAGUUUAAGUAAUAGAACUGAGGUAAUGAUGUUUGUAAUAAAACUCAGUGCUAGAUUUUCGACAACGCAGCAAUUUCCAAAAAAAAUCGUCGAAAAAAAGUCACCAUGACGACGAAGCAAUGUUUAGAAUUGAAUUUACAUAAAUAAAACGUUGCAAGCACGUGUUUUGUAUUUACAUAGGGUUACACAGAAUUACUUAAGGUAAAUUCAAAACUGAUGCAUGUGUAUAAUUUUGUCCUAUAAAUAAAUUUUAUAUGGUCACCACAUUAGACAAGGACACCGCGACCAAAAAGUAUUCUCUUUCGAGACCGAUUUCUCGGCAUUAGACAGCACUCCAGUUGUAGGUACUUAUUAACUCCAUGGAAGUCACUAAGUGCCGGCUGACCAUAGUUUUAUUUAUGAUAAAAUUUUCUGAGAAGUUUAGUCGAUAACGAGACAAAUUAAAUGUAAACUUGACGUAUUAUUUCAUAUAAAUAUUUGCAUGUUGCAACACUAAGUCUGUUGAUGUGUCGCGAUUGCCCGAUUGUUAGUUUCACUAUUUUGUAAAUUUGAUGAAAGAAAACAAUUAUUAAAUAACAUAAAUAUACAAAUUAAAGAAAGCAAAACUUAUUACAGCUUUCAAUGAUACGAACAUGGACGACAGAAACAUGGAAUCGAGCUGUUCCACUUGUAACGAGAUUGAUGGUGAACAUUUCAAGAGCAUUAUACAUAUUGAUUUAGAUUGUUUCUACGCGCAAGUGGAAAUGGUGCGAAACCCCGAACUCCGUGAUGUACCGCUCGGUAUCCAACAGAAGAACAUUGUAGUGACGAGUAAUUACGAGGCAAGGAACUACGGAGUUAGUAAAUGUAUGCUCGUUACUGACGCACUUAAGGUUUGUCCAAAUUUGAAACUUGUAAAUGGUGAAGAUUUACAUAGUUACAGAACUGCAUCAGGCAAGGUGUUUUUAGUGUUGCAAGGUUGGCGGUGUCCCGUUGAAAAACUUGGAAUGGAUGAAAAUUUCAUUGAUGUGACAAGUCUUGUGGAGGAAAAAUUAAAAAAUGCAAACUUAAAUGAUCUCAUAGUUAUGGGCCAGCUAUAUAGUGAACCGAGUGCUGAAUGUCCAUGUGGUUGUCACAACAGACUAAAAAUAGCAUCACAAAUUGCAAAUGAAAUGAGGAAGAAAAUUUAUGAUGAGUUGGGUUACACAACUUGUGCCGGAAUAGCUCAUAACAAGUUGUUGGCUAAACUAAUUUGUCCCCUGCAUAAACCUAACAACCAGACCACAAUAUUUCCUCAACAUGGAGCCAAUUACAUGUCUACUCUGACCAGUGUCCGGUCCAUUCCAAGUAUUGGCUCCAAAACAAUGGAAGCAUUAAUUUCUCAGAAGAUAAUAUCGGUCAGUGACUUACAAGAAGCUCCUUUAGAGAUUCUGAAAAAACAUUUCAGCAGUGAUAUGGCUGUUAGAUUGAAAAGUUUAAGUUUAGGAGAGGAUAAUACUCCAGUAAAGCAAAGUGGAAAACCUCAGAGCAUAGGAUUGGAGGAUAGUUUCAAAACUGUAAGUGUAAAAAGUGAGGUGGAGGAUAAAUUCUCUGCUCUGCUACAGAGAUUAUUAGUACUUGUAAGAGAAGAUGGUCGCAUUCCAGUUUCGGUGAGGGUAACUUUACGUAAGAAGGAUGCUAAAAGAUUGAGCAGUCAUAGGGAAUCAAGACAAAGUCAGAUUUCUCCAUCUAUCUUCACACUAAGCAGUGGUGUGUUGACUGUAACAGAAGCUGGUCAACAAAAAUUGAUGGCCAUAAUAAUGAGAUUAUUCACUAAACUUGUUGAUUUAUCUAAACCAUUCCAUUUGACUUUGGUGGGACUAGCGUUUACCAAGUUCCAAGAACGAAUGACAGGCAGGAGUUCCAUUGUAAACUACUUAAUGAAUGACAUUUCUGUUCAGUCAGUUCUCAACUUACAAAAUGAUGGUGACGCUUCAAUUACUUCAAUGGACUAUUCUGCUGCAUCUCCAAGUAGCAGUACCACUACAGAUCUCUCUGAUGCAGAAAUUGAGCCAUCACCUAAAAAACCUAAGAAAGUUAAUUGGAUUGCAAAGAAGCGGUGCCUAGCCAAGGAAGAAGUUGCAUCACCAAGUAAACUGAAAGUUGGUGAACUUAGACUUAAUUCUAAAGAGCUAGAAAAAGUCUCAGAGUUGAGGUUAAAUUCAAGAGAUCGAUCUCUUACUCCUCGAGCAAGCCCCGCUAAAGACAACUUUUCUGAUGCUUCAGAUUCUAUGAAGGACCUAGAAGAUGGAGCUUGUAAUGAUUGUCCAAGUUAUGUUGAUAAAGAAGUGUUUAGUGCUCUCCCUGAUGACAUGCAACAGGAACUUAAAUCAAUGUGGAAGAACCCUACUAGUUCUGAGAAAACCAGAAGUAGUCCAAGAAAGAACAAAUCAAAACCCAACUCUAUAAUGAAAUAUUUUGUUCCACAAAAAUAGUAUUAAAAAUAUUUUAUCUUGUUAUUAACGUUAAGUGAAAAGUGAAUGGUUUCUAUUUUUUCAAAUCAUACAAUUUUAUUCAGCUGAAAAUACAUGUUUAUGUUAAAAA